AAUUUCAUAAAAGCACUUUGUGUCCUACUUUCUGAUUCUCUCUCUAAUGACCUCAACCUCUCUUGUGUUAGUAGCUGGCAUCAUCUUCAUCGCCGUGGCCAUUAAAGUUGCUCCACACUUCGCUCGCCGAAUGUCGAAACCAUCGUCAUCGAAAACUGACGACGCUGAAGCUCUACGUCGGCACCGUAUUCUCUCUAGCCAACUGUAUUUCGAUGUUCCUCCUUCUAAGGUGCCGUUGAUAUACUCGUCAUCCUACGACAUUUCUUUUCUCGGGAUCGAAAAACUGCAUCCAUUUGACUCUUCUAAAUGGGGUCGAAUCUGCCGGUUUCUCACUAAGGAAGGUAUCAUGGACCAAAAGCAUGUAGUUGAGCCUGUGGAGGCAACAAAAGAUGAUCUACUAGUGGUGCAUUCAGAAUCAUACCUGAAAAGUUUGAACAGCAGCUUGAAUGUCUCCAUGAUUGUUGAGGUCCCUCCUGUUGCGAUGCUUCCUAAUUUCCUUGUACAAAAGAAAGUGCUUCACCCAUUCCGCAAGCAGGUGGGAGGAACAAUUUUGGCUGCAAAGCUUGCAAAAGAACGAGGAUGGGCUAUUAAUGUCGGUGGUGGAUUUCAUCAUUGUUCAGCAGAGAGGGGAGGCGGUUUUUGUGUUUAUGCUGAUAUAUCUCUUUGUAUACAUUAUGCAUUUGUGCGUUUAAAUAUCUCAAGAGUCAUUAUAAUUGACCUUGAUGCACACCAAGGAAACGGCCAUGAAAUGGACUUCUCGGAGGACAGAAGAGUCUUUAUCCUUGAUAUGUACAAUCCUGGAAUUUAUCCACUUGAUUUUGAAGCCAGGCGGUACAUUGAUCUAGGAGUCGAAGUUAAGAGUGGGACUAUGACAGAUGAAUACUUGGCUAAGCUAGAUCAUGCACUUGAGGUUGCAGAGAAGAAAUUUGAACCUGAAUUAGUUGUUUAUAAUGCUGGCACGGAUAUCUUGGAUGGGGAUCCACUGGGCAGGUUGAAGAUCAGUUCUGAAGGCAUUGCUAGUAGGGACGAAAAAGUUUUCAGGUUUGCUCGAGAGAGAAACAUCCCCCUCAUCAUGCUCACAUCAGGUGGUUACAUGAAAUCCAGUGCCAAAGUUAUUGCUGAUUCCAUCAUAAAUCUCUCAAAUAAAUCCCUGAUAGAUAUGAAGAGCUUACCAACUGCAAAAGCAUAAUAGGUGAAUGUCCUUGCAUAGCUACUUUGAAUUAAAGGCCUGAAAUUUGACCUAUGCGUUUAAGUCAAAAUCAGGGAGCUUGCUCAUUUGUGUUCUAAUAAAAGAGAAUAAUCUCCCUUGAUAGUGAAGGUGUUUAUUAUAUGCUAUCGGGAUGCUAGAGAUGGGAAAAGCAAGAAGGAGCUUGUUAAGAUUUGUGUACCUUGAUGCAUUUACGAGAAUCUAAAUUGUGUAUAUGCUAGUCCUUGUAUGAAGUAACUCAUGUAGCUUGAAAUCCUUAACACAUACGUAUGUGGUCUAUGUGCUGUCAUGGACAAUGCCCAAUUGUGAUGCAUGAAGGAGCAUAAUUUAAUUUUGUGGCUUAACUCUUGGUAAUAGAUUGAAACCUGUUUGUGCCUGAUUACUUAUAUUGAUCAUUGAUAGGGCUGUGCAGUCAA